UGAGCGUGGAGACGGACAGUGAGCGCGCUCAUGAUGAGAACAGCCCGUCCAAUUAUCCGUGUGCCCCCUUUGGACACUCCCUUCUCACUUCAGUGCUUACUCAACCACGAAAUCCAGCGCUGGAUUCCAAGAUACUGCUCGCAUGGAGAUUUAAAACUGGACAGAGGCAUGAUCGUCCAGAAGAGAAGACGGAGGGAUGCGAGUGCGUUUGAUGCCAUGAUUAACAUCCAGUUUUUGCUUGUGUGCUCCUGAGAACAACGGAAAGACAAGAAGUCAAGUGGUCUAGCACUCAAGACAGCCGAUGAGGAGCAGCAGGAAGAAGAGAUCUCACAAAGUAUGGCUGCACCUGAUCUUUUAGAUCCUAAAUCAGCCACGCACAACACCAAACCACGGCUGUCGUUCUCCUCCAAGCCCAUUGUGUAUAACUCGGGGGAUGAUUGUGAUACCAUAACCACCGUAAUGAAGUGGAAAACAGUAGUGGCGAUCUUUCUGCUGGUGGUUCUGUACCUGAUCAUCGGAGCCACGGUGUUCAAAGCACUGGAACAGCCCCAGGAGAGCACGCAGAAGUACCUCAUCGUGCAAGAGAAAAUUAACUUCCUUUCCAGGCAUGCCUGUGUCAACGUCUCUGAACUGGAGGACCUGGUCAAGCAAGUGGUGCUUGCUAUCCGGGCUGGGGUCAACCCCUCAGGUCACCCCUCCAAUGAAAGCAGCAUGUGGGACCUCAGCAGCUCCUUUUUCUUUGCAGGGACUGUCAUUACCACUAUAGGUUUUGGAAACGUCUCUCCACACACAAAAGGAGGCAGGAUCUUUUGCAUUAUCUACGCCCUGUUGGGGAUCCCACUUUUUGGGUUCCUAUUGGCUGGAGUGGGCGAUCAGCUGGGAACCAUAUUUGGCAAAGGAAUCGCCAAAGUGGAAAAGAUGUUUGUGAAGUGGAACGUGAGCCAGACUAAAAUCCGUGUGACAUCCACGGUCCUGUUCAUCCUGUUUGGGUGCCUGCUUUUUGUGGCCCUUCCCGCCCUCAUCUUCCAACACAUUGAAGGCUGGAGCGCUCUGGAGUCCAUCUACUUUGUGGUCAUCACUUUAACCACUAUUGGAUUUGGAGACUUUGUGGCAGGUGGCUCUGAAAUUGAAUAUCUGGAUUAUUAUAAACCCAUCGUGUGGUUUUGGAUCCUGGUGGGUCUUGCCUACUUUGCUGCAGUUCUCAGUAUGAUUGGAGACUGGCUUCGGGUCAUCUCCAAGAAGACCAAAGAGGAGGUGGGAGAGUUCCGCGCUCACGCCGCAGAAUGGACGGCUAAUGUGUCAGCGGAAUUCAAAGAGACACGUCGCCGCCUGAGCGUGGAAAUUUAUGACAAAUUUCAGCGGGCAGCCUACAUCAAGCGCAAGCUGUCAUCAGAGCUAGGCCAAAAUCCAGGUCAGGACAUGAUGCCAUGCAAGAGGACCCUGUCUGUAAACUUCACGGAUGAACUUGAAAAAGAAGGUCUCCCAACCUUGACCAAAAAUGGCAGCCUGUACCUGAACGGUCUUACUCCGGACUUCCCCGAUCGUGGGGAGAUCUCCAUCAUUGAACAUCUCAAAUAAAGCUCAAACUUCUCCUGCACAUGCUAAAACUGGAAGAUACAUUUGUGUCUACAACUAUGUUUGUUCACAAUGCUCUGUCAGAAGCGUUCAUAUCUUUCCUGGAUGUACUGGAAUCAGUGAGAGGGCGACUUUAUGCCUUGUGCCAGUCAAAUGAAUCUGUCUGUCUGACAUUUUGUAGGAAUUAAGAUGUUUGAGAAAGUCUGUGUUCUCGAGCAAAACACGACAGCAGCUUUGAUUAUCCAGUGAAUCAUAUUUGUGCCUUAAGAUCACCAGGAAUAGACUUCCCAGAAGCUGCUACACUAAAUGAUACUGAGAAAUGUAUUGUUUUUUUAGAGAAUGAACCCCCGAUUUUGUUCAAACACUGACGAAUUUAAUUGGUUUUUGGAUGCGUAUCCCAAACCCAGCAUGUGUGAGCGUCUGUUCAAAAACCAUUACAGGGUAUCAAGCAAGAAUGGCUGAGUGUUUAUGAUAUUGACAUAAAUUGGUUGGUUGGUUGGUGGUUCACCGUUUUGGUUUAUAUCUUGCAUUAGCACAUGGAUGUUUCUAAAAAAUCCACAUACACAUUCUAUUUAAGAGCAGUUGUGGCCGAAAAUACAUGAAACAGUGUUAAAGCAUCUCAGAUUAUUUCACUGCAUAAUUUUAGAUGUGCAGCGAUAGCAUGAUUCUGUAAGCAAAUGCGAGUUUUCUGAUAGAAAUGGUCAUAUUUAGACCAAUGCACAAUCAUUAAUCUUUCAUUGCCUGCUGAAUAAAGUUAAUGCAAUGUAUAAAUAUAUUUCUAACAUAAAUUAUUACAUUUUAUGGCGGUUAUAUUUGCCUUUAGCAUGCAGAUGGUUUAAAGUGAUAGCUCAACCAAAAAUGACUUUCUGGCAUCAUAAACUCACCAUUAUGCUGUUUUAAACUCAAGCUAAAACUAAAGCAUUUUUAUUAUGUUAACUGAAAUGAAUUGGAAAAAAAAAAUUGACAAGGCAACAUGUCGCUUUAAUUUAGUUUAAUUGUAUGUAUAACUACAACUAAAAUAAAAAUGAAUUAAACAAACACUUUUGAUUAGGGACCACAUUCACUAUUAAAAGGAAAGUUCACCCAAAAAUGAAAAUUCUGUCAUUAAUUACUCACCCUCAUGUCAUUUCAAACCUGUAAGACCUUCGUUCAUCUUUGGAACACAAAUUAGGAUAUUUCUGAUGAAAUCCGAGAGCUUUCUGACCCUGCAUAGACAGCAACACAACUACCACGUUCAAGGCCCAGAAAGGUAGUAAGGACAUUGUUGAAACAGUCCAUGUGACAUCAGUGGUUCAACCGUAAUUUUAUGAAGCUAUGAGAAUACUUUUUGUGAGUAAAGAAAACCAAAAUAACAACUUUAUUCAACAAUUUCUUCUCUUCCAUGUCAGUCGACGUGCAUUCACAAAAGUACCACGACACGAGUGGUGCAUUAUGUUACUUUCAUGAAUGCUGACUGAAGAAUGACACAGAAAAGAACAAAUUGAACAUGUGUUGCUGUCUAUGCAGGGUAAGCUCACUAAUUUUAUCAAAAAUAUCUUAAUUUGUCUUCCGAAGAUGAACAAAGGUCUUACGGGUUUGGAAUGAACUGAGGGUGAGUAAUUAAUGACAGAAUUUUCAUUUUUGGGUGAACUAUCCCUUUAAUAUGCAGCUAACUAAUAGUGAAUAGUGUUUCCUAAUCUAAAAUGGUACCAAAACUACUAAAAAUGUCAAAAACACAAAUUACUAAACGAUGAUUUAGAGCAGCAUUAAGGUGAAUAAGUUAUGACAGAAUUUGACUUUUAAGUGAACUUUUCCUUUAAAUUCACAUAUUUUAAAGCCAAAUGUCACUCAAGGACUGUGAAAGGUGGUGGACAACCUGAUCUCAUGACAAAAAUGUACCUGUGGAAACUUUUUCACAAGACGCGAAAUACGUACCAAUAAGCACACAUCACUGCACUCUCAGAAAUGAACGCUGAGUGCGAGGUUGCCAGGUUUUCACAACAAAACUCGCCCAAUAGCUACACAAAACCAGCCCAACACUGGCAACACUGACUGAGUGUGGCGGUAAUGUGUUCGGGUUUUUUCCCCCGGGAUUAUAUGACGUUGGUUUUGUACGUGUCACCGCAGUUCUGACUUGAAAUGUCCUUUGAGUGGCGCCAUAACUGUAAUUAUACGUGACGUUUUAAAAUAACGUACCAUCUUUACUACACCUAAACCUACCAGUUAGUAUGAACAAAAGCGAUAGUGAAGUAAAAACACAAUCGCAAGCUUUUUAGCUUGUUUUUCCGAUCUCUCUCUUCAGCUCUUUCAUCGUGAGUCAUAUUUUUCACAGGAUUCGUAACCAAGGACUCCAGUCCAAGCUUGUUUCAUCUGGAAAGCGAAACAUAUGGAGCUGUAAUCAUAACUGUGUAUGAAAACGAUUACAAGCACUCGCUGUUUUACCACCUCUAGUGUUCAUUUCUGUUGGAAACUGCAGUGGUAUGUUACUUAUUGGUACGUAUAGCGAAAAAGUUCCCACAGGUACGUUUUCGUCAUGAGACAUGAGAUUUCAGUGAAUCAGUUAAGAUUCAGUUACAACAGUUUUAUGAUUUAGAGCAUCAUUAGGGUGAAUAAA